AUGUCUUCUACUCAACUUGAAAAAGUUAUUGGCUGUACAGCUUGUUCACGUUCCCUUGCAGUAAACCCAACUUCAGGACUGAUAUGUUAUCCUGCUGGUUCAGCUAUUGUAAUAACAGAUCCAUACAGCCAAUCUAAAAUUAAUCUGUUAUCGCCUGGAAGGUGUCAUUUGACUUGUCUUGCUUGGUCGCCUUGUGGUCAAUACAUUGCAACUGGAGAGUUUGGCACAGAUCCAAAAGUUAGAAUAUGGGCACCUACAAAAUGCAGCAGCGAACCUGAGUGUGAAUUGAGUUGGCAUAGACUUGGGAUAAGCUGUGUGGGUUUUUCGAGUGAUUCUGAAUUGCUCGUUUCUGUUGGAAAUAAUCAUGACAAACAAAUAAUUGUGUGGGAAUGGAAGACUAAAAGAAAAUUGGCUGAAAGUCGUUUAACUUGUCAGGUGAAUGCUAUGGCUCAAUCUGCUAAUGGGAAAAUGUUUGUUACUGUUGGUGUUAGACACGUUAAAUUUUGGUAUCUUGAACGUAAUGGGGAUAACAACAAUUCUGUCUUGCUUCAAGGUCGGUCAGCAAUUCUUUCUGAACAACGGAACAAUACCUUUAUUGCUUGUUGUUGUUUACCUCCCCAACGAACUUUUGUUUUAACUUUAACGAGGCUUUUGAUUGAAUUUGUUGAUAAAAAACUUGUCAGUUUAUACCAAAUGGGUGAAGAAGUGCCUUUAGCUUUGUCUUGUUUUUCAAAUUUUAUUUUUAUUGGAUUUUGGAAUGGAAUGAUUAGAAUAAUUGAUUCGGCAAGUAUGGAAUUAAUAAUGGAAUUACCCAAACCUUUACCUCUACAAAAGUAUUCGGCAGAAUUUGAGAGAGCAAUAAAUGCGUCUACGCCUGAUGAAGAGCUUAAGUAUCCAGAUGUACAUUCUUUAGUAUUCCAUUCUGCUUCGGGUGUUUUAAGUGCCUUAUAUAGUGACCGCUCCCUUUACCAUUGGCAAUUACAUUUGUCUGUUACAGAAGGAGGAAAACAACAACAGGAAGAGUCAUUAAUCCAUCAAGUAGUUAAACUAAGUUCUCAGCAUUUCCAUGUUGGUCCAAUUUUUGAUUUGGAAACUUGUGAUUCACCAUUAAUUCAAGGUUCAGACGAUUUUUUCCUAACAGCGGGAGCUGAUGAAACUGUUCGGUUUUGGUCUUUGUCUUCUUCUCAACCAACAAAUAAUUCCUCCUCUUCACCUUUACUAACUCCUGAAUUGAAAAGAGUGCUCUUUUUAAGUUCAGAAAGUGGAUUAUUAACUGAACAACUUGAUAAAAAUUUUGGAGGUCUCCUUUCUGACUCAUUAGAAUCUACAACGGGUGUGCGCUGUCUUCGUCUCUCUCCUAAUAAUGAACAUUUGGCUUGUGGUCGUAAAAAUGGCAAUAUAAGUAUUUUUGAUUUACGCUCACCUAAUUGCUCUAUACUUGUUGAAUUUGAAGCUCAUGAAGGAGAAGUUCUUUGUCUAGAUUAUAACAACCACUCAACCAAAGAAAAUUUUGAAAAAAUUGGUCAAUUCCUUGCUUCUGCUAGUAGAGAUUGCCUUAUUCACAUUUUUGAUGUUGAACAAAAUUAUGCUCAUUUAUUAACUUUGGAUGAACAUAGAGGGCCUGUAAUUACUUUGAAGUUUAUCAAACCUGAAGAGGAUUCUCAACUUUUACUAAUAAGUUUUGGUGGAGACCAAUUAUUAAUUACUCGAGAAAUAUUUUUUAAUACAACAACAACAAUAAAACAUCUUUCAACAAAUAUAUUAGUUCAAAUAGAUAAAUGGCCAAAUGAAAAAAUUCCAAAUUGUGUGGCUAUAAGUAAAAAUAAAAAUAUUUUAAUUGGAUGUCAAAAUAGGUCAUUGUGUGAAAUUAAUUGUAAAACUGGUCAAUUACUACGUACUUUUGAUAAAGAAAAAAUUUUUGGAAAAAAUUUGGAAGAAGAAGAAGAAUUUGGGGGAGGAAUUAGAAUUACAAAGAUUUGUGUAGACCCUUCUGGUACUUUAGCAGCAAUCCUUUGUUCUGAUAGAAGUGUUCACCUUUUUGAUUUACUUGAAGAAAAAGAGUGUGGAGAAGAGGAUGGUGUUGAUGAUGAUAGCAACAGCAACAGAUGUGGCGUUAUUGGCCUUCCAUCAGAUUGUGUCACCGGACUUGCCUUUUUGCCUGACUGCAGUGGUUGUAUUGCUAUUUGGCGUUUACCUACAACUCUACAAAAACGAAUUCCUCCCAAAAUUUCUUUAGCUUGUGAACGAGAGUGA